AUGAUCGAGAGCAAAUCAUAUUCCCAAGCAGUCCAAAGGUGGUUGGCUGCAACGCAUUUCAAACCGACUUAUACGCGACGAGCGUUUCCAUGUUGGGACGAGCCAACAUUAAAAGCUACUUUCGAUAUCUCUAUAAAACAUCAUCAAAAUUAUACAGUUCUAUCCAAUAUGCCAAUACGGGAAAAAUCGGAGGAUAAUAAAAAUGGCAUGAUAUGGACGCACUUUGACACGUCUCCCAUCAUGUCAACUUAUCUCGUAGCAUUUGUGGUGGUUGAUUACGUUCGCGUUCCUACUGAAGAUGAGACCAUUAAUAUAUGGUGCAGAUCGAAAGUAGUGCCGCAUACAAAAUUUGCACAAGAAGUCACUUCUGAAGUUCCAAAAAUGGAUCUUGUAGUACUCCCACGAUUCAUAUCUAAUGCAAUGGAAAAUUGGGGACUUAUUAUUUUUGUUGAAACAAAUGUAGCGGAGACAAUAGUACAUGAAAUGGCACAUCAAUGGCUUAGUAAUGUAGUCACUCCAUCAUGGUGGUCUCAUGUAUGGUUAAGUGAGAGUUUGACGACGUUCUUCGAAGAAUAUAUUCUCAAUCAGCAAACAAUUCUUCAGAAGGAUAUUCAUAUGAGUAUGAGCUCAAUUAUAUUAGAAGUCAAUAGACCCAAUGAAAUUGAAUCACUCUUCUCCGAUACUAAUUACGGCAAGGCACCCGCUAUAAUGGGUAUAAAUAUGUUACAACAUAUAAUUUCCGACGAGAUUCUUCGAAAUAAUCUUAUUAAAUAUUUACACACACAUCACUUCAGUUCGGCUACUUGCGACGACUUAUGGAACUUUUUGCAGGCAGUGCUAGAUAAAUCAGAUGUCUCGCAUAAUGUUUACAGAUUGAAAGAGGUAAUGGAUACUUGGAUAAAACAAUCGGAUUUCCCUGUAGUUCAUGUGACCCGAAAGAAAGAUACUAAUGAGAUAAUAUUAACGCAAGAAUAUUUCGUUCCGAAAAAUGAAAACGUCAAUGAUAAUAAAUGGUGGAUACCUUUGACUUUUGCUAUGCAAUCAAAUCCUGAUUUUUCUAAUACCUUACCCACUCAAUGUUAUCGUGUUAAUUAUGAUUCUUCCAUUUGGUAAAAAAUUGUGGAUUAUCUUAAAUCUGACAAUUAUAUGAAAAUCCAUGUACUCAAUCGUGCUCAAAUCAUCGAUGACGCUUAUCAUUUUAUGAUGAUAAAUAAUGAAAACAUGAUAUCAUAA